CGUCAUUCAGUUAAAAAAACAGGAUCCAUUAAGACAGCGAACACAUGAGAACGCUACUUUAACAUGACACAUUAUUUCCUUAACUGAUAGUUCUGGGCGUUUCCACAGCAUCAUAGUCUGGCCACAAGCGGUGUGCAGGUGUUGAACACUCAGCCAUGGAUACCAGCACCUCCCUGAAGAUGACCUCCAUGGCCGUCCAGAGCCUGUUCAGCUAUGUGGAGGAGGAGAACUUGGCUGCCAUCAAAGCUCAUUUGGACAAGUUCAAAGAUGUGGACAGCAGGAGUGAUAAUGGUCAAACUCCACUGAUGGUGGCGGCAGAGCAGGGCAAUCUGGAGAUAGUGCAGGAGCUCAUCAGGAGAGGAGCAAACGUCAACUGUGAUGACGUUGACUGUUGGACAGCUCUAAUCUCGGCCUCCAAGGAGGGUCACAUUCAAGUGGUGAAGGAACUGCUGGAUAACGAUGCCAACAAGGAAAACCGAGACAUGGGAGGGUGGACUUCUCUCAUGUGGGCCGCCUAUAAAGGUCGUACAGAUGUAGCACAAAUGCUCCUGGAUAAAGGAGCUAACCCUAACAUCACCGGCCAGUAUAGCGUCUACCCCAUCAUUUGGGCAGCAGGUCGAGGUCAUGCUGAGAUUGUCCACCUUCUGCUGCAGCACGGAGCCAAAGUCAACUGCUCGGAUAAGUAUGGCACUACCCCGCUGAUCUGGGCUGCCAGGAAAGGUCACUACGACAGUGUGAUGCACCUUCUAGCCAAUGGAGCCGACGUGGACCAGGAAGGAGCUAACUCCAUGACAGCUUUGAUUGUAGCAGUGAAAGGCGGCUACACCGAAGUCGUCAAGGAGCUGUUGAAGAGGAACCCAAAUGUCAACAUGACCGACAAGGACGGCAACACGGCGCUGGCCAUCGCCGCCAAGGAAGGUCACACAGAGAUUGUCCAGGACCUGCUGGAUGCCGGCACCUAUGUCAACAUCCCUGACAGGAGUGGGGAGACCAUGCUGAUUGGUGCAGUAAGAGGAGGUCAUGUGGAGAUUGUUCAAGCUUUGCUGAACAAAUAUGCAGAUAUUGACGUCAGGGGCCAGGAUGGUAAGACGGCACUCUACUGGGCGGUAGAGAAAGGUAACGCCACCAUGGUGAGAGACAUCCUGCAGUGUAAUCCUGACACUGAGAGCUGCACCAAGGAGGGAGAAACACCACUUAUCAAAGCCACCAAAAUGAGAAACAUUGAGAUUGUAGAGUUGCUGUUGGACAAAGGUGCCAAGGUGUCAGCUUUGGACAAGAAAGGCGACACUCCUCUUCACAUCGCCAUCAGGGGGAGGAGCCGAAAACUGGCCGAGCUGCUGCUGAGGAACCCCAAAGAUGGCCGCCUGCUUUACCGCCCAAACAAGGCUGGGGAGACGCCGUACAACAUAGACUGCACCCACCAGAAAAGCAUCCUGACGCAAAUAUUUGGCGCCAAGCACCUCUCUCCCACUGAGUCUGACGGGGACAUGUUGGGUUACGACCUCUAUAGCAGCGCUCUCGCCGACAUCCUCAGCGAACCCACAAUGCAGCCACCCAUCUGUGUUGGUCUGUACGCGCAGUGGGGCAGCGGGAAGUCGUUCCUUCUUAAGAAACUGGAGGAUGAAAUGAAGACAUUUGCCGGCCAGCAGAUCGAGCCGCUGUUCCAGUUCUCAUGGCUGGUGGUCUUCCUCACCCUUCUGCUGUGUGGCUCAGUGGCCGUCAUCCUGGGCUUUACUGUUGAUCACAAGCUGGCCAUUGCUGUUUCGCUCAGCUUUCUCGCCUUGCUUUACAUCUUCUUCGUUUUGGUGUACUUUGGAAGCCGACGCGAGAGAGAGAGUUGGAACUGGGCCUGGGUCAUCAGCACCCGCCUGGCCCGCCAAAUUGGCUACCUGGAGCUCCUGCUCAAACUGAUGUUUGUCAACCCCCCCGAACUGCCUGAGCAAACCACCCGUGCGCUACCUGUCAGGUUCUUGUUCACGGAUUACAAUCGCCUGUCGAGUGUUGGAGGUGAGACCUCCAUGGCCGAGAUGAUUGCCACGCUGUCAGACGCUUGUGAAAGGGAGUUUGGCUUCAUGGCCACUCGGCUGUUCAGGGUUUUCAAGAAUGAUGAGAUUCAAGGUAAAAAGUGGAAGAAGACCUGUUGCGUGCCAUCCUUUGUUCUGUUUGCCGUGACACUUUGCUGCCUCAUUGCCGGCCUAGCCCUGCUAGCUAUAUUUAAGGUGGACGCUGAGAACUUGACCGUAAAUGCAGUGCUGAUAGCCAUGGCCAGCGUGGUAGGCUUGGCCUUGCUCCUCAACUGUAAGACCUGGUGGCAGGUGGGCGACUCUGUCCUCAACUCCCAGAGGAAACGCCUGCACAGGGCGGCCAACAACUUGCACCAGCUCAAGAGUGAGGGGUUUAUGAAGGUUUUAAAGCACGAAGUGGAGCUAAUGUCAAAGAUGGCCAAGACCAUUGAUGGCUUCACCCAGAACCAGACGCGAAUGGCGGUCAUUAUAGAUGGGCUGGAUGCCUGUGAACAGGACAAAGUGUUGCAGAUGCUGGACACGGUGCGAGUUCUAUUCUCCAAAGGCCCCUUUAUCUCCAUCUUUGCGAGCGACCCCCACAUCAUCAUCAAAGCCAUCAACCAAAACCUCAACAGCGUGUUGAGAGACUCCAACAUCAACGGCCACGACUACAUGAGGAACAUCGUCCACCUGCCUGUGUUUCUCAACAGCCGGGGCCUCAGCACGGCCAAAAAGCUCUGCAUGGCGGCGCCCACCAACGGUGACGGCUUGGCUGCCGAAGGAUGGACCGAUGACGGCGACAAGAAGAUGUCUCAGAAUAGCUUGGCUCCAGAUCAGGCCAAGUUCGGCAGCAAGAACGCACUCAACCGCAGGGACACAUACCGGCGCCGCCACAUGCAGAGAACCAUCACCAGGCAGAUGUCCUUUGAUUUGACAAAGCUGCUGGUGACUGAGGACUGGUUCAGUGACAUCAGCCCCCAGACCAUGAGGAGGUUACUCAAUAUAGUUUCAAUCACAGGCCGUCUGUUGCGAGCCAAUCAGAUCAUCUUCAAUUGGGAUCGCCUGGCAUCGUGGAUCAAUCUGACCGAGGAGUGGCCUUAUAGGACGUCAUGGAUCAUCCUCUUUUUGGAAGAGACUGACGGUGUGUCUGAUCAGGUCCCUCUUAAGACCAUCUAUGAGAGGCUGUCCAAGAACAUUCCCACUACCAAGGACGUGGAGCCGCUGCUGGAGAUUGACGGAGACAUCCGCAGCUUUGAGGUUUUCCUCUCCUCCAGAACGCCAGUCCUGACUGCCAGGGAUGUGGAGAUGUUCCUGCCUUGCACCGUUAACCUGGACCCCAAACUCAGAGAGAUAAUAGCAGAUGUCCGUGCGGCCAGAGAGCAGAUGCACGUGGGAGGGGUUACGUAUCCCACUAUGCCCUUGCAAGAAGCGGUGCCUCGUCCACAGCCGGGAUACGGCCACCACGCGGUGGCUUGCUCGCCGGCAGGCUCCUUCGCCGGAUCCUUGCCUCCUCAGCCUCACAGUGCCUACUUCAGUGGGAUGACUGGUCCUCAGCACCCCUUCUACAACCGGCCUUAUUUCCCCCAUCAUGUGUAUCACCCGCCAAGGCAUUACUUCCAUCAUGUCCCCUCAUCCUUGCGCCCUUCCAUUAAGCAUCCUGGUCAGCCAAAGGACAACACCAGUGGACUUCAUUUAAAGUCACUGCCUUACAAAUCAAAGCAGGCCUCGCCUGCCGUCCUGCUCAGCUCUAUGAGCACGGACGCGGUGUGCGACUGGCUCAGGCAUAUCGACGGAAUCGACGCCUGCAUGCUGCCUCAGUACACCGCCACCAUCAAGAAGGCCAAUAUAAACGGACGUGUUUUGGCUCAGUGCAACCUGGACGAGCUGAAGAAAGAGAUGGAGAUGAACUUUGGUGACUGGCAGCUCUUCAGGGGAAUGGUGAUGGAACAGCGACACACUGAAAGCCAGGCUGUGCUGCAGGAUGAGUCGCGAGCUCCUAGCGAGCAGGGCAACAGCGUCUACCACGGGGAUCCUGGCAGUCGCUCUGUGGGAGCCCAGCGGGAAUCAGAGACCUUCAGCCUCAACCUGAGCUUCGAGGAACUCAGUGGAGCAGGCCUGGAGGAACCACCAAGACACAGCAGCGGCGCACAGUGGCCGCCGGUGACGACUCUCCACGCCACAAGCAUGUCCAGCCUCAUAUCUCAAGAAUCUUCCAACGACAUCGGCAAAUUGACCGCCAAGCAGCAGGCUGAGUACCACGACGCCUACCGGGAGUACAUCGCUCAGAUGUCGCAGCUGGAGACGUCCGGCGGAGAGAAGGAGAGGCCCGUGCAGCCCCAGCCUGGACAUUUCCUGCAGGCGGCCAGCUCAGAGGACAAAGGGGCUAAGGAAGGAGCGGACCAAGACGGCCGCAAGUCCUUCACGAAGAGAGUCUCCAAGGCGAGCGAGGCCACAGACGCUCCCUCGGGGGCCGAUGCCCAGCUGCUGGAUCCCAUCACUGAGGAGGACGAGAAGCUGGAUCACAGCACCGUUUCCAGGACCCGCAAACUGUCCAGCGAUGAAGACUCGAGCCCAGAGGAGGCGGACAACACCACGCCUCUCCUCCAAAAAGAAGCUAAGGCAAAUCCCUCCCGGUUCCUCGCAAAAGCACUCCUGGAUCAGUCCUGUGACCGAUACCCACAGGAGGCAGGAGACUAUGCGAGGCCCGGGGAGAUGGAGCUGGAGCUGGAGGGCCUGGUGAGGAAGAGAGGCCUCCUCCCCAGCAGCCUGCAGGACGCGACGGUGGCCCGCAUGUCCAUCUGCUCCGAGGCGGCGUCCGAGGCUAGCCUGGUGGCGAGCAGCCCGGACGAAGGUUGGCCCGCCGGCGGGGUGAGCAACCUCAACCACAGCGACGCCAUGCUCAACAACAACAACAGCGGCGACGCCAACUCCAACGCCAACAACAGCAGCCGCCACCAGCAGGACUCUGCCACCUCCCCUUCUAGCGUCUCACCAGCUGUCAUUAUCUCACCAGGCGCCGCCACCACCGCCACCGUCCACCACAACCAGAACCUGCGCUCCGUGGGUCUGGGUGACGAGCGGGAGAGCGUCCUUUAAAGGCUUCCAUGCAACUUUUACUAUCAACGUCAUGUGCAAUAGAAGAAAAGUAGAAUGUGUUAGUAUUAAGGGUGCUGUUGUGUUGUCAUUGUGGUGCUUAUUAUGUAGCGAUGUUGAGGGAUUAAAAGUUACACAAAAAAAUAAAUGUAAAUGGUUGUCUUUGGACCACUCUUUUGUUAAAAGGUUAACUGCAUGCACUUUGAAGUGUUCUUUUCUCCAUACAUUGUCAAAAGAAAUAAAUGGAAUACACUUUUUUUGAUGG